ACCACCACCACCACCAUCAUCAUCAUCAUCAUCAUCAUCAUCAUCAUCAUCAUCAUCAUCAUCAUCAUCAUCAUCCUCUCGCUGUCGUGAACAUAGCGAAAAAACCGCUCGAAUCUAGCAGAGAAUGAGCGUACGGCUGAAUAACUAAACCUCAUCGGAGUGAAUGUCACUUUGGCGCAAAGUAUAGUGACGCACGAGCGAGCGCGCGCAUUUAUAUGUCGUAUAUGUGUGUUGCGGUGCGCACCCGUGCGUAUAUACCUAAUAUCUCUACCUAUCUAUUUAUCUAUUUAUCUAUCUAUCCUACCUACAUAUAUAACGUAUUGCGCGCGCAUAUAUAUUUACGUGCAACAAUCCUAUGUUCCUCCAUGUAUAUGUACGUGCAUAGUAAAUCGUCAUGUAUACCCCGGUACGACGACGCGAUGAAUUUGUGAGGUUAGAUUUUAAGCUUACGUCUGUGAUACGUCUAUUUCCUUCGAAACGUGAAAAGUGAGAUCUUACCUUAUCAAAAGGAUUACAAAAACGUAAGUUAGUCGAGAAGAAAGGAAGAUAUAUAGAAAGCGAAGUGAGAGGAAAAUGCAUCGUGUAUUCCUCUUUUAUAUUCAUAGAGAGACUACAUACAUCGCACAUUUUUCCUUCUUUCUAAAGCAUUACAUUUACCCGUGACACAAUGUUUUUAAACUGCUUUUAAUCGUAAUUGCUUUGUCGUUAUGUCGAAUUUUCUUUAUCAAAUUAAUUCUAUUUUCAUCGUAUACCUUAUCCAAGUUUUUCUGUGGUAUUCGUGGUGAGAUGCUACCGAUCCUAUCGAGACGAUGUUCUUAUGUCUGAUAUCCUCCCCUAUGUGAUUUGCGAUGAAACGCGUUCGCGGGCUGGACGAGGUAGCGUCACCAGCAGCAACGUUAAAACCCUCGUCGGUGAGCGGAGGAAGUGGUCUAAGCGGCGGUGGAGGUUUAGAGUAUCACUCGAGCAGCGGAAUAGGCGUUGUUGUACCUGGUCAAGCUGUUCGAUCUGUUACUUCGAAGGAAAUGCCUGGAAGUAUACAAUUUGGUACUGCCCAAGCUCAACAGCAGUAUACUGGUGCGAUCGUUGUACCAACGGCUACACCAUCCCCUAUUAAAGGAACUGGAUCUACAGGAGGGCUUAAUUCUACAUGUAGCGGUACUAAUGUAAAUACUGGUGGUGGGUUGCACAGUGGAAUAAGUGGUGGAAGCAAUCACAAUAUGGGUUCUCAACAACCUACUACAGGAUCGCAGACACAAGUUCAUACGCAACAGCAGGCAGCAAUAAGGCACAAGGUACAUUCAAGCAAUGUAGCGCCAUUGACAUCUACACCUCCAGGUCCUGGAUUAGGCAGUGGGAGUGGAUCUCAACAAUUUCAAAGAUUAAAAGUUGAAGAUGCGUUAUCUUAUUUGGAUCAAGUGAAGUACAAAUUCAGCGAUCAACCACAGGUUUAUAAUGAUUUCUUGGAUAUCAUGAAAGAAUUCAAAUCCCAGAGUAUUGAUACCCCAGGUGUUAUUACACGAGUGAGCCAUUUAUUUAAGGGACACCCUGAACUCAUUGUUGGUUUCAAUACUUUUCUACCACCAGGCUACAAAAUAGAGGUACAAGCAAAUGAGCAAGGGUAUGCAUUCCAAGUAUCAGUUAGUAUGCCUAGUCCGACUGCUACUCAUACAGCAACGUUAUCGCAACAUCAUUGUACGGUGAAUGUUGGUUCACCACCCGUAGCAAGUCCACCAACACAACCAGCAAAAGCACCACCAGUUUUGCAAAUAAUGCAAGGAUCUGGAAGCAUACAUCACGCUUUAACAAAUAAUAUUUCUAACAGUAGUAUAACGGUUCAUGCACCAUCACCACCACCUAUUCAAGCCUACAACAAUUCUCAUGUUAGUGCUGCACAAGCUCAGGCAGUAAGUCAAGCUCUUAGUCAAGCUCAAGAUGGUAUUCCAACUAGUGGUCAAACGCAACAAAGUCAACCUGUGGAAUUUAAUCAUGCUAUUAACUAUGUUAAUAAAAUAAAGAAUCGUUUUCAAGGGCAACCAGAUAAAUAUAAACGGUUCUUAGAGAUACUACAUACUUAUCAAAAAGAACAACGUAAUUUGAAAGAAUCAGGACAUAUAAGUGGUACAAGUGGUGGUAGCGCUGCUAGUAACGUGAAACAUUUAACAGAAGCUGAGGUUUAUAGUCAGGUGGCUAAAUUGUUUGAAAAUCAAGAAGAUUUACUUGCUGAAUUUGGUCAAUUUUUACCAGAUGCAACUAAUCAGCAGAGUUCGUUGGUGAGUCCUGUGAUCGAAAGAUGCAUAUUAAAUAUUUCUGCUAUGUUUCAGAGUAACAAGACUACUCCAGUAAAUGAUCAUACAGCAAUAAUAAAGAAACCAUUGAGUCUUAAAGCGACUUAUAACAACUCUGCUAAUGUUUCACGAGAUCUUCGGGAAUCAAGUGGCACUUGUAUAUUGGAGCGUGAUAGCAGAGAUCACAGAGAUCGUGAUCGUGAGAGGGAUAGGCCAGGUGUUCGAGAAAUCAGUACUGGUCAAAAAUUGGGUCACAGUACAGGACAGUUAAAAAGAAGUCCAUCAUUCUCUACUUCUGUUACUGGUGGCAAUUCUCAUAUUCAACAUGGACCACCUCCAUUAAAAAAACACAAAGUGACAUCAAUGCGAGAUGUUACUAUAGCAGAAGCUGGAAAAUAUGGUACAUUGAAUGACUAUGCAUUUUUUGAUAAGGUUCGUAAGGCUUUAAAGUCGCAAGAAGUUUAUGAAAAUUUUCUUCGGUGUCUUGUACUUUUUAAUCAGGAAAUUGUUUCUAAAUCGGAAUUGGUACAAUUAGUUACACCGUUUCUCGGUCGUUUCCCGGAACUUUUACGUUGGUUUAAAGAUUUUCUUGGCCAUUUAUCUGAUUCUUCCAAUACGUCAGCAAAUAAUACAGGAAGUGGUGUAGGAGUCGAAGCACUUCCAAAUAAUGUAGCACGUGGUCACCAAGAACGACCUCAGGGUGAUUUGGCAAUGGAAAUUGAUUAUACAGCAUGUAAGCGAUUAGGAGCUUCAUAUUGUGCUUUACCUAAGUCUUAUGUACAACCAAAAUGUACUGGUAGAACUCAAUUGUGCAAAGAGGUUUUAAAUGAUACAUGGGUAUCAUUCCCAACUUGGUCAGAGGAUAGUACAUUUGUUACAUCGAGAAAAACACAAUAUGAGGAAUUUAUUUAUCGUUGUGAAGAUGAACGAUUUGAGUUGGAUGGUGUGAUAGAAACUAAUGCGUCAACUAUUAGAGUAUUAGAAGGUGUUCAUAAAAAAAUGAAUAGAAUGAGUCAAGAAGAACUUCAAAAAUUUAAACUCGAUGAUUGUCUUGGAGGUUGUUCUCCCACGAUACAUCAACGAGCAUUAAAAAGGAUAUACGGAGAUAAAGCUGCUGAUAUUAUAGAAGGUCUUAAAAAAAAUCCUGUAGUUGCAGUUCCAGUCGUUUUACGACGUUUAAAGAGUAAGGAAGAGGAAUGGCGAGAAGCUCAGAAAGGUUUUAAUAAAAUUUGGAGAGAACAAAAUGAGAAGUACUAUCUGAAAUCUUUAGAUCACCAAGGUAUUAAUUUUAAACAAAAUGAUGUGAAAGCUUUAAGAUCCAAAAGUCUAUUCAAUGAAAUUGAAACUUUAUAUGAUGAGAGACAUGAACAGGUAGAUGAUGGAAGUGGUGAUAAUCAAGGAAAUAGUGGUCCACAUUUAGUGUUACCUUAUAAAGACAAAUCUGUCUUAGAUGAUGCAGCAAAUUUAUUGAUACAUCAUGUAAAACGACAAACUGCUAUUCAUAAAGAAGAUAAGCAGCGUAUAAAGCUUUUACUUAAGCAUUUUAUACCAGAUCUCUUUUUUCACCCACGCCAAGAGCUUAGCGAUGAUGAGAGAGAUGAAGAUGAUGACAAAGAGGAUGUGGGUGUGGCAGCAUGUAGUAAUUCUCAAUCUGUAACCAUGUCUACAUCGCCACAUGGCGGUCUUCAAGCAAACAGGAGUAAGGCCCCACCUUCCCCAGUCCUGUCUUCCGCUUCAGUUAAAGUCGAACCUGAUAUCAAAAUACCUAUGCAUGCCCUGUCAAAUGAUCCUGAAGAGGCAUACACUCUUUUUAUGGGCAGUAAUAAUUGGUACCUCUUUUUGAGGUUACAUCACAUCCUCUGUGAAAGAUUAACUAAGAUGUAUGAGAGAGCGGUAGCCCUUGCAGAAGAAGAGUCUAGAUACAAACAGCAACGUAAGGAGAGUACUGCAGUGGCUCUCAGGUUAAAACCAAAAAAUGAAAUAGAAAUUGAGGAUUAUUAUCCUGCCUUUUUGGAUAUGGUGAAAAACGUUUUGGAUGGAAAUAUGGAGAGUACAGCGUAUGAAGAUACAUUGCGUGAAAUGUUUGGUAUACAUGCUUAUAUUGCCUUUACUUUGGACAAGGUUGUGACAUAUGCUGUGAGACAAUUGCAGCAUUUAGUGUCUGAUCCUAUAUGCCAGCAAUGUAUGGAGCUAUUUCAAAGAGAACAACGUCAGCCAAAAGAAAGUAGUGGAGCUGGUGGAUUAUGCAUUACAGCUUAUAUGAGGCUUGGUGCAGAGCUUUCAUAUCAGCGUAAGGCAGAAAAAGCAAUGGCUGAUGAAAAUUGCUUUAAAAUAUAUAUAUAUAAAAAGGAUUGUAAAAUGACAAUGGAACUGUUGGAUACAGAGGGUGAUGAAGCAAUGGACAGUGGUUGUAGAGAGAGAGAAAGAGAAGGAGUUAUGGUAUCUGAGAAAUGGUCAACAUAUGUGGAGAGGUUCUCUGCUCCGCCUGUUCAAACUAGCCCGAAAGACACUUCUGCUGUGGUAGACAAUGAGCCAACGACCAAUCAUCCUGUGAGUAGUGACCAGGCAGCAAGGGGGGUUCGGGGCAGAAAGCGCAAGAACACUGACAUUAGCAAGAAGAUGGAUGGACAUGGUUGGAAUUCUUUAAGCAGAAUCUUGGCAGGACGGAAACCAGUGUUUUUGUAUCGUAAUGUCAGGCAAUGGCGUAAGAGAGCUGCGAAAUUGAUGAGGGCAUCUAUGCCUAAUAUCAAUCAUCCAGAAAAAGCUUUGGAAGCAUCCAAUAAAGAUAAAGCAUUGGAUAGUGUCAGUGCACUUUUAAAAAGACCAUCAGGUUUAAGGUUGACGGAUACUAAUGACACAUCUGAAAUUAUUGCCGCUGAUGAAACACAAUGCCGCUUCAAUCCAAAUAGUUAUCAGAUGCUUUAUGUUGCUAGUAAAGAGGCUUUCCUUUAUAAACAGAAUUCUUUUAGCCGAGCUAGAGAGUGUCAUCCAGCAGUGACAAAACAUUUAAAUUCGAAAUUUCAUCAAUGGCUUUCAUCGUGGGCAUCUAAGAAUGUUGCAGAUGUUCAACAUCGAUUGUGUCAAGAUUGGUUAAUGGGACGAUAUGAGAACUUGAUCCCUCAUAGAACACGUGUCAUUACGGACAAUGAUCAAACGAGAUCACCAUAUCGACAGUAUAAUCGGUAUCGCGUUGAACGUUUACAAUCGGAUGUCCUUACAGAACCAUGUGUGUAACUUCAUUAUUUCUCCGUUUCCUUUGCGAUUAUUUGUUAUUUUAACACGACUAAAAUAGACAACAUUCAUUCAUAUUAAUUUGAUAUCGAUGUACAUUAUGUUCUAUUACCGAAUGAUUAAGCGAAUUGAUACAUUUAAUUCUGUGUAUUGUAUAUGGAUCUCGAAAUAUUUUUGGCUUCGCCCUUAUGUAUCCAGCCAAAUAUUUUUAUUUUCACUAUGAAAACUACAUUCAAUAUCAGUUAUGGGAACUUUUCUUCGAUUAUUGUAUGAAAAUAUAACGAAGGAUGUAUUUAACUGAUUAUUGACUUUGUUCCAUGUAUUAUAAUUUACCAGCUUUAACAUUUGUCAUAGAUUUAUGUCUUUUUGUUUUCUUUUUUCUAUACGUGUUAUAUCUAAUUAGAAAUAUCAUAUAUUGCCAUCAUCUGUAUACAUCAUUUAUUUCAAAAUAAUAUUCUAAUAUUUUAUUAUUAACGAAAGCAGCCUGGAAUGACAAAAUAAUCUUCAGUGUGUAUGUUCUAUAUCAAAACCUAUGAAAGAGUUGGCAAGUUGAUAUAAACAGAUUUAUAUAAGAUAAUUUAAUAAGACCCUUUAAAACAUUCUAAUGAUUUCAAUUUUCGGAUACUUUUUUUCAAAUGUAUUGUGAAAGCAUUAUGCUUAAAUGAAUUUUGAUCGAUCAAAUUAAAUAAUAAUUUUGUAUUUAUUUUAUAUAUCAUAAUUUGUUUACAAUGUUUUUGUUUUUCGCGAUGGUCUUUACCAUAGCAUAAAAUUUCUCAAAGAAAAAAAGUUUACGAAUAAUUAAAUUCUUUGAAAUUCACUAAAAAAAACGUAUUAACAAUAUAAGUAAAUAUCCUUCGUUAUAUUUUAUAUGUCCAAAGGCUCUAUAAAUAUUUUCUUUAGUAUUUCCAACAACAUACUUUCCUUCUCUCUUUUCCUUGUCAAUUUUUUUUUUUUUAAGACAUACAGAUGGACCUAAUUUGGCUAACUGUACCAUAUAUGUACAUAUUUGUACAUAUGUGUAUACGCAGGGAUUUUUCAGACGCGAUUAAAUAUCGUUAUAUUCUUGUAUAAUAUGCCCAAAUACUAUUCUAUAAAUUUUCACACAAAAUGUUACAUUAUAUUUGAAUGCGAGAAGAGUUUCAUAACAGUGCAAUGAAUCCAUCGUUACAGGAGUAUGAAUCUUCUUUAACUCUCAAUGAUAAGUUUACGAAUGAAAUAGAAGAAUGAAGUUCAAGGAGUGCUUUAUUUGUCACACACAAUAUUUUAAGAUUUAUGCGUGUGAUCUUUAGAAAGAUACUUACUGCACUUAAUGCAUGUGUAUAUACUGAGUGAUUCUAAAGUCAAGUGAUUUUGCUAGUGUACACUAGUGUACAUUAAACGUUUAACUAAGGAAAAGCUAUACACAAAUCUUUUCAAUUAGUUUUAAUUUGAACGUUAUAAAAAACGCGCAUCAAUGAAAUUGUUGAAACUUGUUAAAAAUCAUUCAGUAUGUAUGCAUGUGCUCAUUGUGUGUAUGUGUGUAUGUAUGCAUCUCACAUAUGUAUAUAUAAAAAGUAUGUACAUGUGAAAAGAGGAGACAUGGAUCUCUGGGCCUUAUGAUUUACCUGAUCUUAUUAUAUAAGAACUUUCAGAAGUAUAAGAACAAAAAGAAAAUAUGAAGAUUAAUAAGAACGUUCCUGUAUAAUGAAAACAAACAAACAAAUAUAAGAGAAAAAAGGAAAGAAAAAGAACAAAAAAGAAAAAUAUAAAUAAAAUAUAAUACAUCAGGAGUAAAAAUCAGAUAUAUACCAUACUGACAUAAGCAAUCAACUCGAGUCUUUUGCACACGAAUCACAUGUAGCACAAAAUCGUUUACAUUUCAUUUGUUUCUUCUAAUUUUAACUCCUAAUUUUAACGAUCGUAUAUUUAAUAAAAUAUAUAUAUACGCGAAUGUGUGUGUCGUCCAUGAGAUAUGACGAGGAGGAAGAGGAGGAUUGUACGAUCGAGUUUUUAUAUGCUUCCGUAAAAUAUUAUUUUUUACGUAUGUUACGUAUAAAUCUUAUUAUCUUGCUAGAAAAGCAUAUCUUGCGAUAACUUAAUUUUUAUCAUCAUCAUCAUCAUCAUCAUCAUCAUCAUCAUCAUCAUCAUUAUUAUCAUUAUCAUUAUCAUUAUCGUCAUCAUCAUCAUCAUCAUUAUUAUCAUUAUCGUCAUCGUCAUCGUCAUCGUCAUCGUCAUCGUCAUUAUUAUUAUUAUUAUUAUUAUUAUUAUUAUUAUUAUUAUUAUUAUUAUUAUUAUUAUCUCUUUUUUCUUUUUUUUCUUUCUUCGUUUUGUUAUUCGAUUUAAAGUUUUUAUGUGCUUAUGCAUUUUACGGAUAACACGAAGUAUUUAUUCUUUAUACAUAUACAUAUACAUAUAUAUACACAAACGCGUGGGUGUACAUAUACAUGUAUAGGUACAGAUAUGUUACAUAAUAUAUGACCAAAAGGACAAAAAAUAUACUAAAGUUAGUAUACUUUCUCAUCAUGACUUUACUGAUUAAUUAUCAUUCUCAUUCUUUAUGUAUAUGUAUGUAUGUAUGAUGUAUGAUAUAUGAUGUAUAAUGUAUGUAUGUAUGAUGUAUGUAUGAUGUAUGCAUGAUGUAUGUAUGUGUAUGGUGUGUGUAUGUAUGUAUGUAUGUAUAUGUGUGUAUGUGUGUGUACGCGUUACGCAAGCACACAUACACAUUACUGCAUUUUUUCUUUUUGAUAAAAUGUAUGUAGAUAAAAAUUUAAAAAAAAAAACGUAACAAAAACAAACAAAAAUAUGGUCGUCUUGAAAUGCACUGUUAUAUAUUCAGUUGUAUAUGUAUUCUUUGCGUUGAGACUCUUCUAGGUUGUAUUUAUUAUAUAUAUAUAUAUAUAUAUAUAUAUAUAUAUAUAUAUAUAUAUAUAUAUAUAUAUAUAUAUAUAUAUAUCUUUUUAUAUAUAAGAAUAACUCUCUCAUUACACUGUUAAUAAUCACCAUUAAAGUAAUCGGAUAAGAUGUUUACAAAUUGAAAGCGAAUAUAAUAGAGAAAGGAUAAAUGGAGAACAGAGAAAGGAAGAGAGAGAGAGAGGGAGAGAGAGAAACAGAGAGACAGAGACAGAGACAGAGACAAAGACAAAGACAAAGACAGACAGAGACAGAGGUCUUCCGAUGCUUGACUUAUUUGUGAGUCUAGAUAUAAUGUAUUUUAUAAUAUAAAAGAAAAAAGUUUCGCCAAUUUUAGAAAAAAAUACAUCUCCAUGUAUGAAAAUUAAAUGUACAGGCAAUUUUACUACUCAAGAUAAUAAUUUAAUGUUGAUAUAUUUUGCACAAAUCAUUAUUAAUAUUAAUAAUAAAUCAUUAAUAUCAAAAAUUCCUGUGUAUCGUAUAUCUCGUUCACAACCUGAUUAUAUAAAUUAGUAAUCCUUAAAUUUCAUCUAUAGUGUAUGAAUAGUGAUAUAAAAUUUUUGUUAUAAUAAUAACGACAAUAUCUCGUUCUCCAGAUUUUGCUAAAUAUUUACUCAUAGACUUUAUUGAUCUUAUUUACACAAUAAAAAAGAAAGUUCUGCGCUAAUAUUAUUUGAAAUGAUUUUUAUUGUGAAUUUAGUUUUCAUAAAACUUGUUUUAGUUGGAAGUAUGGAAGUACUGGGAAUGUUAUACAAGAAUUUGAAUUUAAAAAAAAGAAACGGUAAGUAAUUUAAUUUUUUGUAAUAUAAUGACUAUAUUUAUCAGUAAAUAAGAUUCUGUUAUAUAACUCAUUUAUAUUAUAUUUACUUUGUGAAUCAAAUAUAUUGUGAUGCAUCCAUACAUAUAAAAAAUUCUCUUCGUAUCUCCUACUACUGAUUUUUUUUUAUUAUUAUCAUUAUCAUCAUUUUUCUGAUAUUAAAAGGCAAUUUCUUUCGCUCAGAAAACAUUGUUUUUUGUAAAAUAUAAAAUUCAUGCAGUGUAAUGUAAAUAAAUAAUGAAAUUGGGAUAAAAAGGAAAUAGGAAAAGAAUAAAGAUACUGCAAUUUUAUGAAUAAACUUACUCGUUUUAUUAAAAAUCAUAUUAUAUUUAAGGCUAAUGAGAGGAUGAGGAAGGAAAGGCAGAAGAGGUAGGAUUUGUGGAGGAAGGGAUUGAUCAUAUUAAUUAUAUAAUAAUUGUACAAUACAAUUGGUUUUGUACUUUUAUCUUUUAACUUAUUUUUUGUUUUGUUUUGUUUCCUUCGUAUAUUACACAUAAAACUUAUUUGAAAUACUGUAUUACGAAUACGUUUAAUUAGAGCCUCUGUCAAAAAAAUGAUUCUUCUAAAUAUUUCAUCGUAAUAAUUAAGUAUAAAAAACGUUUUCUUUUCUCUCUCUUCUUUUUUUUUGCUUUCUCCUACACUUUCUUAGCAACAUUUUUACUUAAUUAUUAUUUAUUCCUAUUAUUAGCAAUGUGUGUGUAAAUUAUUAUUCUAUAUAUAUAUAUUUAUAUUUAUAUAUAUUGCCAAUGUAUAUAUAUAUAUAUAUAUAUACACAUAUACAUAUGUACAUAUCAUACAUACAUACAUACAUAUAUAUAUAUAUAUAUAUAUAUAUAUAAAA